AUAUAUCGAUCGCUGAACUAUUUAACGAUUCGCAUUUGUGACAAUGCUGAUCCAACAGCUUGCUUUAUUGCGCUCUGCUCAAUGCUAAGAUCGGCCCUCUACGAUCCACGCAACCAAACUAUUGAUCUCAUCAAUAAGUGUAUUUACAAGCAAUCAGAGUUGUUCGUACGAGGUGGACCGUUGGAUUUGGAUAAGAUUGUGAAGGCAGUGCAUGAUUUCAUGCAAGAAUUUCGUCCACGGGUUGAAGAUUGCGAUGCGGUUAAGACUGCGAUUCAUUCGGUGGAGCUUGCCGUUCAACGUCUCGUUACCGGCGCGAAAGCAUCGGUUCGCUUCUUGUCUUAUAAAAUAGCUUAA